AUGAGAUUAGAAUGGACUGAUAUUGCCUACAGUUUUCUAGUUGACGAUUACGGUACUGUUUAUGAAGGACGGGGGUGGGACAAUGUGGGCUCCCACACGAAGGGGGUUAACUUCGUCAGUUUUGGUGCAGCCGUUGUUGGCAAUUACACGAAAAAACUUCCUACCGAAGCGGCGAUCUCAGCUAUGAAGAAGGUAAUACAGUGCGGGAUUGAUUUGGGAAAAAUCGCGAACACGUAUGAACUUAAGGGACACAGAGAUGCUAAAGCUACAAAAACUAUAUGCCCAGGAGAUCCCCUUUAUAACGAGAUAAAAAAAUGGGAUAACUUUCCUAAUAAAUUGGACCCCUGUGGGAACUUAAGCUGGAUUGAACGUGUAGAAUGGACGUCCGCGAAAAUUGAGACCAAACCUAUCAAACAUCCUGUAUCAAAAGUGUUUGUUUAUCACAGUAAUAAUCUCUGCGUCGACUGUGCUAAUUACACAGAAUGCAGAGAUUUAGUAAAGAAACAUAAUUGGACUGCUUUAGAAAACGAUUUCGCUUUGCAUUUUAUCAUUGAUGGACUUGGUCUUGUGUAUGAUAUGCGCGGUUACUCGCGCGAUCCCAAUGUUUCUGGUUGGAUGGAUGAGGGGAGACUCCCAAUAAAAGCUGACAACGACAAAGCUUAUGGUAUUGCAUUCAUUGGAAAAUCUCAGACGAAAAUGCAAGUGGAAACUUUCGAAAUUCUGCUCAAGUGUGGUGUUCAAAGAGGUUACCUUGUCAAAAAUUAUCAAGUCCUGAACAGUUCUUUUAACACGAAUGAUCCGAAAGAAGUCUGUAACAACGGGUUGCUAAUAAAUGAGAUCAUGCAGAAGUACGGAACGCCUGAGAAAGAAGAAUCAUUCACAAUUCCUGAAGCAUCGGGCGAUACAAGUCAUUGCAACUUCCAAGAGGACACCUGCGAUUGGUAUGCUGAUGAAGCCAAAAACGGAUGGAAACGCCAUCGAGGUGCCGCUGACGAAGCGGGAAUGACCGGACCGUUGAAAGAUGCCGACAACAAUAUUAACGGAUAUUACUUUCUAGCUGAUGCUUCCAAACAUAUCGACGGGAAGAUCAAACUCUCGUCGGCAUUGUACCCACUGACAGAAGUACAAAGAUAUUACUGUUUGAAGUUUUGGUAUCAUAUGUACGGAAAGGAUGUCAAGUCACUAAGCAUAUGGAUACAUGUGUACAGUCUAACAAAAUUAUUCUACGGUGAAAGAAAGAACGUAUUGACAAUAACCGGCAAUAAAGGGCCAAAGUGGUUACUCCAAGCCCUAACUAUUGAUAUAGAAACCAUCUGGGCUCCUAAAGUUAAUUUCGAGUUUGUUGCCUCCUUUGGGAACUACCUAGGCGACAUUGCACUUGAUAACAUCGAAAUCACACGGGGGAAGUGUUAGUGAGCUUACAUUGACACUGAAUAGCGUUUACAUUAAAAGGGAGAAAUGUUUGUGAACAAUGACAUAUGGCCACAUCAACUUUACAAGACGAUAUUGUAAAUUUACCUUGACUCUUGAUUGCAUUUUCAUUUUAGGGGGGGGGGUGUUUGAUUACAAUGACAUAUGAUAACAUCAAGUUUACUAGACGAAAGGGUUUGUUUACCUUGACACUUGAUCGCAUUUACAUUACAAAGAGGAAGUGUUUGUGUCUCUUUUUUGUAUUUGUUUUACUGUAGACACUGCACAAUUAUAAUAAUGGUGUUGUUUCUUUUACAUUUACUGUGUUUUGAAAUUUGUGUGUGGUUUGCAUUUCAUCCGUCGUGUAUAAUCUAUUUCAUAUUCUUGUUGUUUUU